AUGUUCGCUGUCGUCUAUCUACUGCUCACUAGCAUCUACAUACGCGCCUCCAUUGGUGGUGCCCUCCAGGUCAUUGAUUAUGAUAACCAAUGUGUAAUUUGGUCUCAGAAUAACCAUGGAUGUACUGGAUAUUCGGCACCUUUUGCACUGCUCAACGGGGAUGAUUGUUCUGAAUUGAGUGAAGAUGUCAACGGGACGCGUACGGACUUCUCACUUCUUUAUGUGGAUGCUUGUGGUACGGAGAACGGUGUCCCAGCUGCCUGGAUCCAGGUAAAAGACACUGGUCUAGUGACCUUCUUUAAUCAAAACGGCGACAUUUCGACAUGCGUAUUGAAUGAUAAAUUCAAGGUUGGCAGUUGGUGUAGUGUUUCCGACUCUGGGCUCACAUCUUCUACUAAUUCUCCCACCACGUCUAUACCCACGUCGUCUGCUCCCACGUCUUCUCCCACGUCUUCUCCCACGUCUGCUCCCACGUCUGCUCCCACGUCUGCUCCCACGUCUGCUCCCACGUCUUCUCCCACGUCUUCUCCUACGUCUACUCCAACGUCUUCUAUGCCUACUUCUACUCCAAUCUCAACUCUAUCCGAAGCGUCUACCUGUGGAUGCCCUGCGAUUUGA